AUGUCGAAAGCACCAGUGCAGCAAAGUUCAUCUUCGGGGGUCACAUCUGCCCUUGGACCUUCUUCGUCGUCCUCGUCCUCGCCUUCAGCAGGCGGCUCGACGUCUCCCGCUAACGUACUGCACGCACAGCCAGAAAAACCACAACACUACACUUAUCUAAAGGAGUUUAGGACAGAGCAGUGUCCUUUGUUUGUGCAGCAUAAAUGCACUCAGCAUCGCCCCUUUACCUGCUUCCACUGGCAUUUUCUGAAUCAACGUCGUCGACGUCCCAUCCGCCGUCGUGAUGGCACCUUUAACUACAGCCCAGAUGUUUACUGCACUAAAUAUGAUGAAGGCACCGGCAGCUGCCCUGACGGAGACGAUUGUCCGUUUCUGCACCGGACAGCAGGAGACACGGAGCGACGGUAUCACCUACGCUACUACAAGACCGGCUCCUGCAUUCACGAGACUGAUGCCAAAGGUCACUGCAGUAAAAACGGCCCUCACUGCGCUUUUGCCCACGGCUCUCACGACCUCCGCUGCCCUGUCUAUGACAUCAGGGAGGUGCAGGCUUUGGAGGCCCAGGUGGGCAGCGGUGCAGCGGAGGGGACAGGAGGAGGGGAGGGCCAGGCGGGUCAGGUGGCCAGUACCGCCCUUAUCGAGAAGAUACUGAGCGAAGAGCCACGAUGGCACGAUAACAGCUAUGUUCUGACCCAUUACAAGACCGAGCUUUGCAAAAAGCCGCCACGUCUUUGUCGUCAGGGUUACGCCUGCCCGUAUUAUCACAACAGCAAGGAUCGUCGACGUAGCCCUCACAAGCAUAAGUACAGAGCUUUACCGUGUCCUGCGGUGAAACACAGCGAUGAGUGGGGUGACCCCAGCAAGUGUGAAGGCGGAGAGAGCUGCCAGUACUGCCACACACGCACCGAACAGCAGUUUCACCCAGAGAUCUACAAAUCCACCAAGUGUAAUGAUAUGCAGCAGUGUGGCAGCUGCCCUAGAGGGCCCUUCUGUGCUUUUGCUCAUCAAGAGAAGGCAGUACUAAGUGAGGAACAACCAGGCUCUCCUCUUCCCGCAAACACAGCGGACGAUGGGACCCAGCGGAGCCCCACCAGCGCUGGACCCUGUCCAACAGAACAAAGCCUGUUGGGAAGGGUGGUGUAUGAGGAGUCCCCCAACCUAGACGCCCCUCUUUCUCCAUGGGCUGCAGAAGGGGGUUAUGGGAAAGCUCCCGGCUUUGAGAGGGAGGACCAGGCCAAACAGAAAUCUUUUGCAAUGGAUCACAGUAGAGAAACACCCUCUGUGCACAAUAGACAGGACUUAUCGGUGUUUUUACCAGUGGGUAGUCCGCUAAGUUUAUCAUCCAGCGUGCCCUCCAGCCUCGCGGCCACACCCCCCAGCCCUGCCCCACCUGGUCCUGCUCCCCUUGGCACUUCGUCUGGCAUGAAUGCCAACGCUUUGCCCUUCUACCCUACCAGUGACACCGUAGAGUCUGUAGUGGAAUCCGCUCUGGACGAUCUGGACUUGAAUGACUUUGGUGUGUCUGCUUUAGAGAAGAGUCUGGAGAGCAGCUCCGUCCUGCCAAGCGUGGGACUGAUGCUGGGAGGGAGCCAACUUCAGAGUUCAGCACCAGUAAACAUCCCUGGAUCCCUUAGCAGUUCCUCUCCUUUCAGGUCCCCCUCCCCAUCUCCACCAAUCAGAGCUCACCCUUUCCUGUCCACCCAACUAUCACAGCCUAGCCAAUCAGAGAGCAGCUUUUUGGGGCAUUCACAUGGUUCCUUAGGUCUGAAUGGCAUGAGCAGCAGUAUUUGGGAGAGUUCCCCAGGCACUCCACCAGCCUUGCUAUCUACAGGAGCCUCAUACGCGGAGGCUGCUCGCCUCAAACAGGAGGUUGAGGAGGCGCACAGAGUCUUAAAACACUGGGACCACAGCUGGAGACAGAUGGCUCAGUCGUGGGCCGUGCUGAAGGCGGAUGCAGAGGAGUCCCGUAUGCUGGCGAGACGUUUGGGUAUGGAGGCAGAGCGGACGCGACAGGCGGAGGAGGAAGCGCAGCGGCAGGCAAAUCUCCUGGAGGAGGCGCUAGAGAGCUUACGCAGCGCAGAAAACCCCCACUUACAACUCCAUCACCUCCAACUCAUGCACCGCCUGCCCCUGGACUCUAUCUGUAGCCUACAAGCCCAGGUCUGCACGUGCCUACGCACUGUGGAGCAGGCUGUAUUCAGAAAGCAGCAUUUGUGCUGCGUGUCGUGCGACGAGGUGGGUUCUGUGACGUUGCCAUGUCAACACGGGCUUCAGUGUGAACGCUGUGCAGGUUCCUCAGAGUGCCCACUGUGUACUGAACACCAGCAGAGCCUGGGUUUACCCUCCUGACUCAACACAUCUUCUCCUCCCCAUGUCUCACCCAGGACCCACUCCCCUGCACUUCCACCCACCUGCCCCACACACUGGGCUAGGGUCCGACCCUCUGACCCCUCAACAGCUCCUGUACCCUCAGCUACCUGAGAAAGGCAGAAGUCACCAU